UAUUGGUGGUCCGGGCGUUCGUGUAUGUGGUCUAUUGGCUCGGUCGUGCUAUAAGAGCCUUAGCACGCAUUCACGUAAUAACAUUUGCUCAAGUUCAACUCAAUACUUCAAUAUAUUGCAAAUCAAAUCGUUAAGCCCGCCACAGUUAGCGAUACUCGUAUAAGCGUUGAUAAUCCAACAAAGGUCGGUGCUUGUGCAACAUAGGCGCGCGAGUAACGGGAUUGCUUUAAAUCAAUCCGCUUAUGAUAAUAAAUUGACAGGUUAUUGCUAUAAAAUGACAUUGUGUUCAUUAAAGCUGCUUCCAAUAACAUACCUGCUGCUCGUGAUAGCUGCCACAUGCCUUAUCCAGGUAGCCGGUGCAUCUUCAUGGGCUUUUGCCGUUACACUAAAGUCUAAGAUCGUAUUCUUCGAUGAGCACUGGAAUGAGUUAACAUCAGCGGCACAUAAGUUUACAACGAUGUCGGCCUUAGCCUUCGAUGAAUCGCAAGAGUUUCUCUACUUUAGUGAUCAGCUACACCAGAAUGAAAGCAUUUUCUCACUGAAGGUACCCACAAACAAGGAUCCUGACUUGAUCGAGAGUGUAGUCCAACGCUCUAAGAACGAAACAGUGCGAGGCAUUGCCUACGAUCCGCUCAAUCGAAACCUGUACUGGACAGAUUCACAGCGUCGCAAGAUAUUCUUUUUGACAAUUGAAGAUACGACAGCGGGCACGAAAGGUCAGAUGUCUCAGGAACCCCAAGUCCUUAUCGAUUUUGCAAACGAGAAUAGCACAUUAGACGGUUUGGCUGUGGACUUCUGUGGAAGAAAACUGUACUGGACCAAUUCGAACCACAAGAAUGCAACGGUGGAACGAAUUGGCUUGGACGGCACGUCACGCGAGGUAAUUGUUGGCUCUAAUCUCUUUAUGCCACAUGGCAUCUUUGUGGACCAAUUGUCGAAUCGUAUAUACUGGGUUGAUGAUCUCGAUGGACACUUCUUUGCCAUUGAAAGUGCUCAGUUGGACGGUAGCGACCGCAGGCUACUGUACAAGGGCAUAAAUAACAUGCCUUGGAACUUAGUUGUCACCAAGGAUGCGAUCUACUGGACAGACCUGCAACACAAUGCCGUUUGGACUUAUGAUCUUCAUGAAAGUGACGCAAACACCACUUUAAAUAAGCCCAGAAAGGUGCUAAGUUUCCCGGAGCAGGCGCAAGGUAUUGUUGCACGCCUUGGCUUCUAUCAGAACAUGCGAAAUGAUCCGGAUUGUGCCGGCGUGGUGCGUAAGGUAGAAGCACGACUGAAACAGCCAAUGGCAACACGCAGUCCCGUGGACAGGCAGGUGCUGCAACUACAGCAAGAACAUUGCCUUAACGGCGGCAGCUAUGUGGUGGACAAGGACAUCUGCAUCUGCGACAUAGGCUACAAAGGCGUACGCUGCGAGAGCAGUGAGUGCCACAAUUUCUGCGUUCACGGCACUUGUGAAAUUUCCGCAGCAGGCUUCGCUAAGUGCUAUUGCCAGAAGGGUUUCUACGGCGAGCGGUGUCAGUUGGAUAAAUGUUCAAGCUACUGCUUGAACGAAGGGGUCUGCAUAGUGGACAGCACCGGUGAUCCUAACUGCGAAUGUCGCGAUAACUUUGGGGGUCAACGUUGCGAGCAUAAUUCAACGGAGAUUUGUGCUCUAUUUUGCCGGAUACUCAAGUACGAACCGGAGACAAAUGUGCCCUUUGGCUGCCAUGAUAUCUGUGAGGAGUUGACGCUGCGAACUGAAAAUGGAAUCGACACUUAUGCCAUACCACGCUUCCAGCAAUUGGAACUUUGUCGGAGCCCCGACACUUGGAGAAGCUCUUUAAUAUUGUUGUUCGGGGGAGGUGUGGUAGCCUGUUUGGCCCUUAUUGCACUUAUUGUGCACGGCCUGCGCCGCAUUUACAAGCCAGCGCGACCCAGGAUUAAGAAGACCUUUGUGGUGCGAAAACAGGCACGCACAAAUUCCUCCAGCGACACGCCACUUACUAACCGUCCUCUAGCCACUGAGCAGUGCGAGAUCACGAUAGAGAACUGCUGUAACAUGAACAUAUGCGAAACGCCCUGCUUCGACCCAAAACUGGUUGAGCAAACCCUAUCCUCGCGGGAUAAUAAAGUGCGAGUAAAGGAGGAUAAAAAGAUACUGAUACACAACAUGGAGGAUGAUUUGUACUGAACGGUGCGGCGCCAGCGCCCCCAAUACUUGUGAUAGUCGAGGUGGUUGGCAUUCGAACUUUGAAAGUUGGUGCUUCUCCCUUUUGUAUCUGUUGCGGUGACGCGUGGUGCCACCCACGUUCAACAUCAAGCCACACGUUAUUAUAAGCACAUUUGCUACCUUUUCACCAAGGAUUUAUUGAAAUUUCACACAUGCAUAGACAAACAUAAACGCAUAGCUCGUCAUAUGCAGGUCAGAAUGAUAAGAUCGAUUGGAGCCCUUUCGUCUACAGCCGUACUUAAUUGAAGCAACCGUGUACUUAUGCAAUCCACGUACUCUUCAACUUGCUGUGGUCUCAUUAUUAACUUAUUACAACAAUGCGGUUCACCUUUGUCCCAACCACCUAGGGCGACAUUUUUAAUAGAUUUUAGUUAGAUUUUAUUGUUUACUCUAAAAUACGUACAGCUUAAAGCUGUGAGUAAUCGGUUGAUGGAAAAUCGUAGUUACAACAAAAUCGCAAAUUCAAUGAACUAACUGAAUUGUUCAAAACAGAAACAAGCCUAAUGACUGACAUUAGCUUUAAUAUAAAUACAAAUUUUAACUGUUAGGCACUCAAAAGCUGAAAAACAAUGGAUCACGAGGUGCACAAACGAAACUACAUGGGAUUCCCAGUCCAUGUACCAUAUAUAUACCUGUUGUAAAUAAAUUAGCAACAAGCCUUAAUGUAAAUCUA